UCACAUUGAGGCUGUUACAAAAUAUUCGAAGUUGUGUAUAUUCGAAGUUGUGUAUUAUUUUUAGUACAAAGUGAUAAAGCAACAUUUUCAUGCUGAGAUCUUUAGAAAAAACCACUUCAGGAACCCAAAAAAGAAAAUUGGAGUUUAUUCAAUAAAAAAUGGUUAUCACUUUACUGUAUUCGCUGCUAUUAUGCAUCUUUCUCAUAUUACUGUGCCAUUAUCUGAUUCAUCAUGGAAGAUUUUGGCAACUUAUCGAUCAAAUACCAGGACCACCGGCGCUUCCAUUAAUCGGCAAUACUCUUUUAUGGUGCACCAGUUCAUUAGAAGAUAUGUUGAACACACUGGAAAAAUUAAAUAAGGAAUAUAAGAAUAUUUUUAAGGGGUGGAGUUUUACUAUUGGAGCUGUUUUUAUUACUAAUCCUGAUGACGCACAGACAAUAUUAACCAACCCAAAAGAGCAUAUUGGAAAAGGGUUUAUAUACACAUUACUAAAUCCUUGGUUGGGAACUGGUCUACUUACUAGUGACGGUAACGUAAUAGAUAUAACAUAA